AUGUGGAAAACUAACAAUUUAAUUUCUGGAUUUGUUAUUAAGCAGAUUACUGAAUAAAUUCUUUUGUUUUAUGAUUUUUUAAUUUAAAUAUUCAAUUUUAGGUAUUAAAUUUUUAUAUUAUAAUAGAUUUUUAUUAUAUAUAUAGUAUCCUAUGGUACUGACUUUUUGAAGGCUACAUACAAACAAAUAGAAUACAUAUGUAGAUUAACUGCUAGAAUUUUUUCAAAUAUAUAUGACUAAAUAAAUUAGCUGAUCAUUUCUAAUUCCUACUAUAUAUAUUUUUAAGUAUAUGUUUAAAUACAAAUAUUAAGUUUAAAUAGUAAAUGUUAAAUUAAUUUUUCUGUGAUAUCUAUCUCUUCAUAAAGCUAAAUAUAUAAAUUAUUAUUUGAUAAUUAUUAUAUUUAUUUGUUCUUUUUAUCUAUUUAUAAUUAAUUAAUUAAUUAAUUAAUUAAUUAAUUAAUUAAAUUUCAUAAAUUGCUAUUCAAUAUUUUUGAAGGAAAAAAAAUGAUAUAAUAGAUUAAAAAAUACUAUAGCUUAGAAGAAUUUUUAAGCUCUUCACUUUUAUCUCAUUAGGUUCUCCAUAUUAAUUUUCGUUCGUAUAAAAUUAAAAUUGGUGAUGAAGGUGCAUUAGGCUUAGGUUCUGCUUUAGCAAAUUGCAUUAAUCUCUCAAAUUUGAGACUGUACCUUGAUUAUAAUUAAAUUGGUGAUGAAGGUGCAUCAUGCUUAGGUUCCGCUUUAGUAAAUUGCAUUAAUCUCUCAAAUUUGGCACUUACCCUUUAUCGAAAUUAAAUUGGUGUAAUGGGUGCAUCAAGCUUAGGUUCUGCUUUAGCAAAUCGCAUUAAUCUCUCAAAUUUGACACUUGAUCUUGGGUCUAAUUAAAUUGGUGAUGAAGGUGCAUCAGGCUUAGGUUCUGCUUUAGCAAAUCACAUUAAUCUCUCAAAUUUGACACUUACCCUUUAUUAUAAUUAAAUUGGUGAUGAAGGUGCAUCAUGCUUAGGUUCUGCUUUAGUAAAUUGUAUUAAUCUCUCAAAUUUGACACUUGAUCUUAGUGAUAAUUAAAUUGGUGCUAUCGGUGCAUCAGGCUUAGGUUCUGCUUUAGCAAAUUGCAUUAAUCUCUCAAAUUUGGCACUUGAUCUUGGUCGAAAUUAAAUUGGUGAUGAAGGUGCAUCAGGCUUAGGUUCUGCUUUAGCUAAUCGCAUUAAUCUCUCAAAUUUGACACUUUAUCUUAAUUAUAAUUAAAUUGGUGCUAUCGGUGCAUCAGGCUUAGGUUCUGCUUUAGUAAAUUGCAUUAAACUCUCAAAUUUGGCACUUAACCUUAGUGAUAAUUAAAUUGGUGCUAUCGGUGCAUCAGGCUUAGGUUCUGCUUUAGUAAAUUGCAUUAAUCUCUCAAAUUUGACACUUGAUCUUGGGUAAAAACAGUUUAUUUGUUUUGGAUUGUGA